AUGUCUAUUUACACUCCUCCCUCGGACUCACAGGAGGAAUACUCCAAGAUGAAGCUCCUGUACUUCAGCAAUGAAUUCCCCAAGGAUGACCUCCAAGACCUCUACCGCCACCUACACAAUCACAGCAAGGACAGACAGCAUCCCUUACUUGCUAGAUUUAUCGAAGAGGCUACCCUAGCUCUGCGUGAUGAAGUACGGCAGAUAUCGAUGUCCUUGAAGGCGCUCAUGCCGGCUUUUGAGACUGUGUUGAACCUCGUGGAUUAUCCGGAUCUUCGCAAGGGCCCUCUAUGUGGCUCUAUUGAGGGAGUACUCCUCUGUGUUCUGGAGAUUGGAACUCUUAUUGGAUAUUACGAAACCCAUCCGGACCGGUUUGACCUACAUUCGUCACCGACAUACCUCUCGGGUUUAGGUAUGGGUAUACUAGCAGCAGCUUCAGUUGCUCUAAGCUCCACACUGGCAGAUAUUCCCUCCACUGGUGCUGAGGUAGUGCGGAUUGCCUUCCGUCUUGGGGUGUUGGUGGAUGACAUCUCUCAAAACCUUGAGCCGCGCGAUGUAUCAGGCUCCCCAGAUACUUGGGCCUCGGUUGUCCCGGGGGCCAGACCGGAAGAUGUUCAGGCAGAGCUUGAUGAAAUUCACGCUAGAGAGAAAACUCCGGUGCCCAGUAAGAUCUUUAUGAGCGCAUGGGGCCAGUCUUCCGUCACAAUCAGUGGCCCCCCUUCCAGAAUCAAGCGUAUUCUGAGGCUGUCUGAGUUCUUCCGUCGCCACAAGGUUGUUAGUUUGCCGGUCUUUGGGGGUCUCUGCCAUGCCAAACACAUCUACAGCCUCAAGCAUGUCAAGGAAAUCGUCGGAACAAGUUCGAUCGAGGCGCUGGAUGCAAGAUGUUCGCCAACCAUUCCUAUUUUCCAGACUUCCACUGGGCAACAGUUUAUAGCUUCAACAGCUAAAGACCUGUUUGAAAAUAUUGUCGAGGAGCUUUUGACACAGCCUAUUCUGUGGGAUAACGUCAUCCAGGCUGUAGUGGACCAGGCAUAUUCGACGUCUGCCACCAACUGUGAGAUCCAGGUGUUUCGGAACUCCGUCCCCAUCAACGAGUUACGGGCUACUGUAAUCUCGAAACUGCAGGGAUUUGAAGUCUCAACGGAGGAGAUUAUCCCGUGGGUACUGAAUUCCAAGAAACAACAAGACCCUAGAGGUCCAAAGCAGUCAAAGCUUGCGAUUAUCGGCAUGUCCUGCCGGAUGCCUGGCGGUGCAACAGACACAGAAAAGUUCUGGGAACUGCUUGAGCAGGGCCUUGAUGUCUCCAGAAAGGUCCCUGCUGAUAGGUUCGACAUUGAUACGCAUUACGAUCCUACGGGCAAGAGGAUGAACACAACCAAUACUCCUUACGGUUGUUUUAUUGAUGAACCGGGCUUGUUUGAUGCCCCCUUUUUCAACAUGUCUCCCCGCGAGGCACAGCAGACGGAUCCAAUGCAGCGCCUGGCCAUUGUGACAGCAUAUGAGGCGCUGGAGCGGGCCGGUUAUGUAGCAAAUCGCACAGCGUCUACGAACCUCCAUCGCAUCGGGACAUUCUAUGGACAGACCAGUGAUGACUACCGUGAAGUCAAUGCCGGCCAAGAAGUCGGUACUUAUUUCAUUCCAGGAGGCUGUCGUGCCUUCGGCCCUGGACGUAUUAAUUACUUCUUCAAAUUUGCGGGGCCAAGUUUCAGUUGCGAUACUGCCUGCUCUUCCAGUUUGGCAACUAUCCAGGCAAGUACCAUGGCGGCCUGUACCUCCCUUUGGAACGGUGAUACUGACAUGGUUGUGGCUGGGGGUAUGAAUAUUCUGACCAACUGUGAUGGUUUUGCUGGUCUUGGUAACGGCCAUUUCCUCUCCAAGACUCCUGGUGCAUGCAAGACCUGGGAUGUCAAUGCGGACGGAUACUGUCGUGCAGAUGGCAUCGGAUCAGUUGUCAUCAAGCGCCUAGAGGAUGCUGAAGCCGACAACGAUAACAUCCUGGGUGUAAUCCUCGCUGCCGGCACAAAUCACUCCGCAGAGGCCAUCUCAAUCACGCACCCCCAUGCCGGAGCUCAAGCCUACCUGUACCGCCAGGUCAUGAACUCUGCUGGCGUUGAUCCUCUUGACGUUAGCUUCGUGGAAAUGCAUGGUACCGGCACCCAGGCUGGUGAUUCCGUAGAGAUCACCUCCGUUACAGAUGUCUUUGCCCCGAUCACCAAGCGACGCAACGCCAAACAGCCACUCCAUAUCGGCGCCGUCAAGAGCAAUGUCGGACACGGAGAAUCUGUAGCAGGAGUGACGGCUCUUUUGAAGGUACUUCUCAUGUACCAAAAGGGCUUAAUCCCGCCUCAUGUCGGUAUCAAAAAUAGUUUAAACCCCAUGUUCCCGAAAGAUCUGGAUAAGAGAAAUCUCCAUAUUCCGUACCAGGCAGUGCCCUGGCUGCGGGAGGAGGGGAAGACCCGAUAUGCGGUGGUGAAUAACUUCAGCGCAGCUGGCGGAAACACUACGAUCUGCCUGGAAGAACCACCCCUCAGAACGACUGAUUUUGUCGACCCCCGCGCAGCUCAUGUUGUCAAUGUGUCGGCAAAGAGCAAAGUUUCAUUGAAAGGAAACUUGGAGCGUCUGAUCACGUAUUUGGAAGCCAACCCAGACACGUCUUUGGCGAACCUAUCGUACACCACCACUGCCCGGCGGUACCAUCACAAUCACCGUGCAUCAGUUGCUGCAACUGAUAUCAAUCAAGUGAAGAAGAAGCUCACCUCUUAUCUCGAAGCUGUGGAUGGACACAAGCCCAUUUCGUUGACCAACCCUCCUCAGGUAACCUUCGCGUUUACCGGCCAAGGCGCCUCCUUUAAAUCUAUGGAUCUGGAGCUAUUCCACAGCUGUCCCUACUUCAGGUCCCAAAUCCUGCAUCUGGAUGCCCUGGCUCAGGGGCAAGGUUUCCCUUCGUUUAUUCCAGCCAUUGAUGGUAGUUUCCCGAAAGACCAUGCUCACUCCCCCGUGGUUACCCAGCUAGCUCUUGUAUCGGUUGAGAUUGCACUUGCGAAAUAUUGGAUGUCAUUGGGCGUUAAACCUAACGCUGUUAUCGGACACAGCCUGGGCGAGUACGCAGCCUUCCACGUUGCCGGCGUGCUGUCAGCUAGCGAUGCCCUCUGGUUAGUUGGACGGAGAGCUCAACUGCUGGAGGAAAAAUGUCAAGUCGGUAGCCAUAAGAUGCUCGCCGUACGUGCUCCUUUAGCCGACAUUGAGAAAUGUUUGGAAGGGAACGCGUAUGAGAUCGCUUGCAUCAAUGGGCCCAAAGAGACCGUGCUGAGCGGCUCGCAAGCGGAGAUUGAGAACGUAUCCAAGCUCUUGCAGUCUGAUGGCUACCGAUGCACCACCCUGGACGUGACCUUUGCGUUUCACUCCUCCCAAACCGACGCGAUUCUCGAUGACUUCGAGGAAGCUGCCGAAAGCGGCGCACUAUUCCGUGCACCUAAUAUGCCUAUUAUCUCACCCUUGCUGGGCAAGGUUAUCUUUGACGCUAAGACGAUCAAUGCGAAAUACAUGCGUCGCGCCACUCGAGAAGCAGUCAACUUCCUCGCUGCCCUUGAAACGGCUCAGAGCUUCUCCACGAUUGACGAGGAAACCGCCUGGGUCGAGAUUGGGCCUCAUCCUGUUUGCAUGGGUUUUGUUAAUGCUACUCUUUCCUCAGUCAACGUGAGCGUGGCUUCAUUGAGGAGAGGAGAAGACAACUGGGUGACCUUGUCGCAAAGUCUCUCCGCCUUGCACGGUGCUGGUAUAGCGAUUGAUUGGAAUGAAUACCAGCGCCCAUUCGAGUCGGGGCUUCGCCUCCUUGAUCUUCCCACCUACGCCUGGAAUGACAAAAACUACUGGCUACAGUAUAACGGCGACUGGAUUCUUACCAAGGGCAACACUUUCUACGAUGAGGAGAAGGGUUUAAAGGCUCUGCAGGCGGUACCUGCAGUGCAAUCCAGUCUGAAAACUUCGACUGUCCAGCAUGUCCUUGAGGAAAGCUUCUGUGGUCCUGCAGGACAUGUAGUGAUGCAGUCCGAUAUGAUGCAGCCGGAUUUCCUUUCAGCUGCGCAUGGACACAAGAUGAAUGGGUGCGGUGUCGUUACCUCGUCUAUUCAUGCGGAUAUUGCCUUCACACUUGGAGAGUAUCUGCACAAAAAUCUUGUCAAAAGCAACAAGCCUGCUGAGAUGAACAUGGCCAAUCUCGUCGUUCUGAAAGGGCUCGUUGCGCAAAAGAAUACCAAGAAGCCACAAUAUAUCAGAGUCACCAUCUCUACCACAGAUAUCAACUCGGGCGUGGCGGAUCUUACAUGGCAGAAUGUGCUCAAUGACGGCACAGUCGAUGAGCCUUUUGCGAGUGCUAACAUUUACUACGGGGAUUCGUCCGAGUGGCUCAAGACCUGGAUCCCUCAUGCCCACCUUGUCCAGGGACGCAUUGAGGCCCUUGAGCGCCUUGCCGAAGAGGGCACCGCCAACCGUUUUAGCCACAACAUGGCCUACCUUCUUUUCGCAAACAAUCUCGUCGACUACGCGGAGAAAUAUCGCGGCAUGCAAUCUGUCGUGCUGAAUGGGUUGGAAGCUUUCGCUGACGUUAAGCUGACCAUGGAGAAGAGCGGCAACUGGACAAUCCCCCCCUACUUCAUCGAUAGUGUUGCUCACCUGGCCGGCUUCGUGAUGAACGUCUCUGAUGCCAUCGAUACCAAAUCCGAUUACUGCGUCACGCCUGGCUGGAGUUCCCUACGAUUCGCUAAACCGCUUGUCGCAGGGGCAAAGUACCGGUCGUACGUCAAGAUGAUCCCCACUGAGGAGGAUCCUUCUGUUUAUCUUGGGGAUGUCUAUAUUAUGCAGGACGGUGUCAUUAUGGGUAUGUGUGGUGGGAUUAAAUUUCGCCGGUAUCCGCGCAUCCUUCUGAGCCGCUUCUUCACGGCUCCCGAGGAAGCAGGAGCUGUAUCCCAUACUACAGCUUCUGCGGGCCCUGCAGUGCUGCCUGCAGCGCCUGUGAGUCCUGCUUCGGCCCCUCAGGCAGUGCCAAACCCGCAAGCCAUCGCACAACCCGCAACCUCGGCUCCUCCUGCGCCAGUAUCUGCCCCUCCUGUUCCAGCUUCGUCCAGUAACCCGGCCAGUGCCUCUUCCGCCGGAGAAGAUAACAGUGUGUCCGCCAAGGCACUUGUGCUGAUUGCAAACGAAGCGUCUCUUGAGCUGUCGGAUCUUUCAGAUGACGCUUCCUUUGCGAACCUGGGAAUCGACAGUUUGAUGAGCUUGGUGAUUUCGGAGAAAUUCCGUGAGGAGCUAGGAGUUACUGUCACAGGAAGUCUGUUUUUGGAGUACCCGACUAUUGGUGAUUUGAGAAGUUGGUUGAUGGAGUACUACAACUAGGGGAGAAGGGAGGCGGGAAGAAGUCGCUGGUCUUGCUUAUUCUAUAUCUGUUAUUCCAGUUGUCGUUUGAGUAUACUCCGU